CCCGGUGUGGUCAUCACUCAUUGCUACUUUGCUAGUGCAGAAUCAAAUCGAGUAAUCGACCAAGCUCCUUCAAGUAUUCCAAGACAAAGCCAUGGAUAAAUAUUACAAAAGAAAACGAAAUGAUGCAACUUCUGAUGGUUCUUCUGGACCUGAACAUGACCAAUUGGCAUUGGUUGUAGUUGAACAACCUACACAAAAUGAAGAACAACAGAGAGCAAAACCGGUCAUAUUUGAAGGCAUUGAGUUAUUGGAGCGAGAUCCCGCCUUACGCCCACAAAUUUGGCAAUAUCCAGAACAUGUGAGAGAUGAAGUACGAAGAGCUUAUAUGCAGCUAGGUCCUAUGCAGCCCAAACUAAAGAAGUACAAGCCUUCUGGACCACAAGGACAUCAAAGACGAUUUUCAGUUCAGUUGGUUCCAUCUAUUUCCAUCAUGGUUGGAGUAUUCCGAGAGUAGCGGACGUGCGUACUACUUCUUUUGCUUUCUCUGCAGCAAAAACAUCAAAAAAAGAAGUGGUUUUCAUGUCUUCACUGUGCUAGGUUUUGAUGGCUGGAAGAGAGUGAAUGAUGGAAAGAAGUGUGCCUUUUUAGCUCAUGUUGGAUCCGGACCUUGCUCACAGCACAACAACGCAGUGAGAGACUGCCAAGCUAUAUUGAAUCAGUCAAAUCACAUAGCAACCAUUAUAGAGGUGCAAAGCAACAAGGAUAAAGAAAGAGAUCGAUUAAGGCUGAGAACAUCAGUUGCAACCGUCAAGUGGCUAACAGUUCAAUCUUGUUCUUUUAGAGGCCAUGAUGAAACAGUUGGGUCAAGAAACAGAGGGAAUUACAUUGAAAUGUUGAAGCUUCUUGGAGAAUUCAAUCCUGAUAUUGCAGCUGUCAUUUUGGAGAAUGCUCCACGUUGUUCCAGCUACAUAUCUCACGAGAUUCAACAAGACAUCUUGAGUAUCUAUGCAAUGAAGGUUAGAGCUCAUAUCCGUCGUGAAAUUGGAGAUGCAAAGUUCUCUAUUCUAGUGGACGAAACAUGUGAUGUGGCAAAAAGAGAGCAAAUGGCAAUUGUUUUCAGAUUCGUUGAUAAAGAUGGAGUUUUACAAGAGCGCUUCUUUCAGCUGUUACAUGUAAGGAACACCAAAUCAUUAACACUAAAAGGAGCGUUAUGUGCUGAAUUAUCGAAGCAUUCCUUUGAUGUCCAAAAUCUCCGCGGGCAGGGGUACGACGGAGCAAGCAACAUGAAGGGGGAGUUUAAUGGAUUGCAAGCACUUUUCCUCAAAGAUUGUCCAUAUGCAUAUUAUGUCCAUUGUUACGCUCAUCGUUUGCAGCUUGCACUUGUUGCUGCAUCUAAGGAUGUUGUUCCUGUUAGCCAAUUCUUUCAGAAACUUCUAUUUAUCAUUAACACAGUCGACUCCUCUUCCAAACGACAUGAUGAGUUGCAUGAUGCCCAGAUUCUUGAGUUGGCACACUUGUUGGAUAUUGACCAAAUUGACACUGGUAAAGGGGCAAAUCAGAUCAGGGCACUAAAGCGGCCUGGAGACACAAGAUGGGGAUCUCACUUAGCUUCAGUUUCUAGUCUCAUGGAUAUGUUUAAAGUGGUUAGUUCAGUUCUGCAAACUAUUGGCUCUGAUGCAACAGCUGGGUCAAACCGUGCCGAUGGAGAUACUGCUUUCAACUACUUGACCUCUUAUGAGUUUGCAUUUGUCCUAUGUAUGAUGAGAGAAAUAUUGGGAAUCAGUGAAGCGCUCGGAAAAGCUUUACAAAAGAAAUCACAGGAUAUAGUAAAUGCAAUUCGUCUCGUGUCUUCCACUAAAGCUCUUCUAGAACAAAUGUGGUCAGAUAAUGGUUGGGAAUAUUUUUAUCUCCAGGUUGUUGAGUUUUGUGCAGAUCAUGGCAUUGAUGUUCCGGACAUGAAUGAAACAUACAUCCUACGUGGUGGUCGCGCUCGUCGCCAGCCUGACCAUUUCACUAAGGAGCGUUAUUUCCGAGUGGAAAUAUUUCGAGCAACAUUGGAUAGCCAGCUGACUGAAUUAAACCUGAAGUUCAAUGAGAAGGUGAUGGGUCUUUUGUCCAUAAGCGGAACUCUGAUUCCGAAACAUGGAUUUGCAUCCUUUAAUGCCAAAGACAUAUGCAAAAUGGUUGGAAAAUACUAUCCAGCGGAUUUUACACAACAAGAUAUGAUUGGAUUAGAGCACCAGUCGAAUCAUUUUGCUCAUGAUGCUUCCAACAGUGAAGACUUGAAGAAGAUUUCAACAUUGACCUCACUUUGUCGCUGCCUUGUUGUCACAGGACGUCACAUGAUCUAUAAUUUUCUUGAUAGAUUGAUUCGCUUGCUUAUUACUCUUCCGGUUUCGACCGCUAGUGCUGAGCGUGCAUUCUCUAGCUUGAAAAUUAUCAAGACAAGAGAUUGCGCAACAAGAUGGAAGAUAAUUAUCUUGCAAAUAGUUUGCUGGUACAAGUAGAACGAGAAAUUGCUGCACAAUAUAGCUAUGAAGAUAUCAUGGCGGACUUCAAGGCUCGCAAGAACAGGAGAGCAACUCUGUAGUUAGUAUCCAACUCCCAUAUCUAGAUUAGUUUGCUUGUAUUUUGGUAGAUCAUAUUUUGCUUUGGAGUAUUAAAUCUGAAUCACU